AGAUCGAAUCAGAAAAACGACAAAACGACCAGCUAACUUACGACCGCACGGCGCCUCCCGGCCAUUUAGCCGAACGAGUCCUGCACAACACUGAUACCAUGGUCGACGAGGAGGUGGCGCGCUCUCUGGAGCAGGAAGCCAUCGCGCUCGUGAAUCUCAGUAAUCCCAAGCAAUUCGUCUCCAACCAGCCGCUCGAGAGCGCCGGCCAGGAACCGGACGCGUCGGCGGAACUGCUGGACGGCAACAUCUCCAUGAAGUCGCUGCUGGUGACGCUCAAAAAGCGCAAACUGCAGCACCCUGAGGCUCAAGUCAAGGAGGAACAGCCCUCAGACACCGGGUCUGAUAACGCGGAGACUGCAUCAGCCGACGACGCGAAGCUCCCGAGCUUUCGCGCUGUUUUCCAGCCUUCACAGCAGCAGAUCGAGCAGACGGAGGAGCCUGUGCCUCCGGAGCUCAAGUGCAAGUACCGCACGGGCAAAUGCCACAAUGCGCGCGCACUGAAGUCGUGCGGAGACUAUCACAACCUGUGCAACUACCACCGACUGCGAGCCAAUGCCAACCAGCGCAAACUGGACCGCAAGAAGAAGGAGCAACGGCUGCAACAGCAGCUCACGGCCAACGCGUCGUCCUCACCGCGAUCGCAGCCUCUCCUUGCGUCACAUGCGGCCGCAGCCGCGCUCGCGUCCCUCGUGGCCGCGCAACCACAGCACCACUUUGAUGUGUUGCAACAGAGACCGUUCUUCGCGUCGGGCGCCACCGUGCAGGAGGUGGACAAGAACAAUAGGAAUAGAAGCACUACCAACUGUGUGCGUCCCAAGCAGGAAGACGCCUGCAGUUAUUAGACUGGCGGUAGUCGCACUUGGGCUAUCUGCCUCCCAUAGAUCCAUAAACAGAGAAACAAGAGCAACAUACGACAGCCGCGUUGGCUUGUAAGACACUUUGCAGGUUACAGUACAUAGUUAUUGACGGCACAGGCUGUCUUGUUGUCUAGCUAGCGCUUCA